ACACCCUAAAUCUCUCUAAUUUUCUAUCUUUUCUUUUGAUUUGAAAGAAAAAAUGAAAACUACAAUUCAAGAACAUAUGUUGGGAUUUCAAAUGUCAUUGGCUCUGUCACGAGCUAGAUCUUUGGGUCAUUCUUCAAAGCAUCUUCAUGUAUCUUCUUCAGACGAUAGAAUAUCUCAAUCGUCUAUAAAAAAAUAUAAUGGAAAAGAUUGUAUCUUGAAAAGGCUAAACAAAAAUGGAAAGAAAACGGACAAUAUCAUUCAUGCACUCCGAGAACAUGUGAAAUUAGGAGCCAAGAUAUCAGAAACAGUGAAGGGAAAGUUGAGCUUAGGAGCAAGAAUAUUGAGAGUUGGUGGGGUAAGGAAAAUCUACAAGAAAUUAUUUUCAAUGAGCGAAGAAGAGAAGCUUUUGAAGGUUUCACAAUGCUAUUUAUCAACAACAGCUGGUCCUUUACCUGGUCUUCUCUUCAUUUCCACUCAUAAAAUUGCUUUUUGUAGUGAUAAAUCCAUCAAAAUCGCUUCCCCAAAUGGAGAUCAUAUCAGAAUUCACUAUAAAGUUGUGAUUCCAAAGGAGAAGGUGAUGAGAGUAAAUGAAAGCGAGAAUGUAAAGAAAACAUCAGAAAGAUACAUACAAAUAGAGACAUUGGAUAACUUUGAAUUUUGGUUUAUGGGAUUUCUAAAUUAUCAAUCAACUUUCAACUCUCUUCAGGAAGUAGCUAGAUGAUGGGAAAUUAUAUGUGUAUAUAUAGAAAUAUUGAGUUUUUGUAUAUUCUAAUUCAAUCUAAUGAGAAAAUUCAAUCCUUUUUUCUCUUGAAA